AUGAGAGAACCCGUCAGAGAAAGCAAGCAGGGCAUGAUUGAAACCCUGUGUUUCCUGAUGACCCUGGUGCUUAUAAACUACUGGUCAACCUGCUCUCUGGGAUGUGACCUGCCUCAGACUCAUAACCUCAGCAACAAGGGAGCCUUGACACUCCUGGCACAAAUGAGGAGACUCUCCCCUCUCUCCUGUCUAAAGGACAGAAAGGACUUUGCAUUCCCUCUGGAGAAGGUGGAUGCCCAGCAGAUCCAGAAGGCCCAAGCCAUCCCUGUCCUGCAGGAGCUGACCCAGCAGGUCCUGUUCCUCUUCAGCUCAGAGGACUCAUAUUUUGCUUGGAAGACAACCCUCCUAGACACAUUCUGUACUGGCCUCCACCAGCAGCUCAAUGACCUCCAAGCCUGA